AUGUCCAGUGUUAACAUCAUCAAUGGCAAAUAUGGACGAAAACCAGACAUCAACAGUGACAUCAAGGCCACUGAUUUCUAUGCUUAUCGGCAAACUAGCUUUCUCCUUUCAAAUACUUCAGUCACUUACUUUAUAUCUGCAAUUGCGAUUGGGAUGGCCUACACACUGCUAUUAGCUGUGUUAACAAUACUCCACGCAGUCUGUGAAACUCCUAUUGGCGUUAGAGGCUUUGCUUAUUUUGAAUUUUACAGCGAAAAGGUUACUUCGUAUCUAUUGGCAACUGGUGCAGCUGCUGGAUUAGGAUUCAGUGCGGAAUGUAGUAACAAAAAUCUAGGCAUAGAUUUUUUCAACGUAGCAAAUGCUGCUGCUAGCUUGCUUCUUCUUGGAUCUUUUUUUCCUGCUUUAUCGUCUAUCCUUUCUUCUCUUAAUCUUACAAAAAGUUUUAAGUUUUAA